UUAAUAUCUAUAUAGAAAUAUGGCUGAACAACUGUUUCCGGGUCUGGAGCGUCCGCUGCCGCAGCUGCCUUCCCUGCCCUACACGCUCUUCGCCUAUCGCGAGGAGCUGCGACGUCGUGAUGCGCCCUUCAUGAAGAUGUCCACGAUCAAACUGCAUCUCACGGACAAUCUCAUACUGCAGACCAUUAAGAACAUACGACAGCUGGAUACCAUUGAGAUCAUGAAUCUGAAUCGAGAGAUUGUCUUCAAGCGCAAGCUGACAAAGCAGAUGCAUAAGGUGCGCAAGCUGGAGAAGCUCGGACUCAACGUCGAUCCGCGUCAGCUCAAGGACGUACAGUGGAACUAAACCAUAACGAACAGCAGCAGCAAACUGUGUACA